AUGGUAAAACACUUUGUCAGUCAAAUGCAGACUGAGUUUGAAAUGAGUAUGGUCGGAGAAUUGACUUACUUCCUUGGUCUUCAAAUAAAGCAAAUGGAAGACUCCACCUUUUUAUCUCAAAGAAAAUAUGCCAAGAACAUAGUGAAAAAGUUUGGAAUGGAUAAUGCGAGUCACAAAAGAACUCCUGCACCAACACAUCUAAAUCUAUCCAAAGAUGAAGGGGGCAUAAGUGUUGACCAGAGUUUGUAUAGGAGCAUGAUUGGAAGCUUGCUAUAUCUAACAACCAGCAGACCAGAUAUUGCAUUUGCAGUUGGAGUAUGUGCCAGAUAUCAAGUAGAGCCAAAGGUAAGUCACUUAAACCAAGUCAAGAGAAUCUUCAAAUAUGUAAAUGGAACUUCUGACUAUGGCAUAUUGUACACUCACGGGUGUGACCCUGUUCUGAUUGGAUAUUGUGAUGCUAACUGGGCCGGAAGUGCUGAUGACAGAAAAAGCACAUCUGAAGGAUGUUUCUUCUUAAGAAACAAUCUCAUAUCAUGUCUUAGCAAGAAGCAGAACUAUGUCUCAUUAUCAACUGCUGAAGCAGAAUACAUAGCAGUUGGGAGUAACUGUUCUCAACUGGUUUGGAUGAAACAAAUGUUGAAUGAAUAUACAGUUUCACUGAAUGUCAUGACUUUGUACUGUGACAAUCUCAGUGCUAUCAACAUCUCCAAAAAUCCGAUUCAGCAUAGCAGAACCAAACAUAUAGAUAUCUGA